AUGAACAAAGGAAAGCCUGAAUCUGAGGACGAAAAUUGUCCAAAUCCAUUACUAGAGAAUGAGUACGUAGAUAUUGAUGAGGAGAGCACGUACUUGGGCAAGGAGCCUGCGGAUGAUGUUCCAAGCAAGGGCGAGGACAAGGACGCAGACUAUGUGGUAGAAGAAGAUUCUGAUUCAGGUUCAGACUCUGAGAUGGAUGAUGAAAAUGAGGUAGAAGGGAUGGAGCCUAUAGAUGCAGAUUAUGAUAAAAAUGACCCUCCAAUGCAUGUUGGGAUGACAUAUCCAAAUAUUCAAGUAUUUAAGUUGGCAUUAGCUCAACAUGCUAUCAAACAUGAGUUUGAAUACAACACAGAAAAGAGCGAUAAGGGCAGAUUCAGAGCCUAUUGUAGACAAUGGCAAGUUUCAGGCAUUCCCUGUGUACAUGCUUUAGCAUUCAUUACUUCACUUAGCAAUGCAUCCCUAGAGAAUUAUGUGGACCCCUUCUACUCUGUAGAGAGAUUUAGAACAGCCUAUGCUCAGCAACUCCCUGCAUUGGUGGACAAGUCUCAGUGGCCAAAAUCUGAACAUGGAUUCUUCAUGAAUCCACCACUUUUAAAGGCUGUAGCAGGUGGUAGGAGAAGAACUGAGAGGUUCAAAGGAUGUGCAGAGAAGAAAAAGGGGCAGCACCAAUGUAAGGUUUGCAAGGGCUAUGGUCAUCGCUGGUACAAAUGCAGGGAAGGUGACCCGGAGGACAUUGCAGCCCUGUUGGCUGAAAGGCCACCAAAGAAGAAGACAAAGAAAACUACCAUGGCAGCCACUGAGUUAAGCAUUGUCCCAUUGGAUGAUGCAGCAGCACCCUGCAUGAGUUUUCCACCAAGCCAAAACAGUGAACUUUCAGCUAAGAAAAAAAGAAAAGGUCGCACCUCAAGUUCUGGAAAAGGAAAAUAUGUCAGGUCAAGGAGAUUAAGUGGAUCCAAUCAGCCUGAGGCCCUCUCCAUUGAAUAUCCUGUGGUUUUGUCUAAUUCCGGACAACAAACUGAGAAGGCACCAACCAAAACUAGAGGCAAGAAAAGGGCUGCAGUCAAGGAGAAGACAGAAAAGGUAAAGAAGCUCAAACUUGACAGCCCUGCAAUGGGCACUAGAAGCAAAACAACAUAUCCAAGUAGCCCAGCAAUGUCAACAAGAAGUAAAAGAAGGCUCAGUCUGUGAAUGGAUGCUUAUUUAUUUUGUUUUGGUGGUGCUUUGCAUGAGCAACUAUGAUGUAAUGUGAUUCUGGCCUUAUGUAUGCAUGAACAACUUAGCAUUUCAUCACCAGUGAGAUCUCUCACCUAGUAGUAUAAUCCUUUUGCUUGGCCACAAUGAACACAUGAUAUAAUGUGAUCUGUACAUUGUUUAAUGGCCAUAAGGUAAUGUCACGGUCUGGGUCAUGUCUCUUGAACCUGAUGUGUUA